ACGGACAAUACACCUGACUACGUGCCGACAUUACGCGAACAGUAGGGUAUUAUACGGACCAUGCCAAAGUCCGUAUAAAUCAAACAGUGUAUUCUCACUCAGUAGCAUCUAAAUAACAUAUCCUCUCUUUUAUUUUGAUAGUCCGUCUUAACCGUUUGACCUGACUUUGAGUGUAUCCCAGUGUAUAGUCCAGCACGCCAUGCGGACAGGGAGGUAUUGCAGUUUUUUACACAUUUCUGAUACACACGGCGAAUUUUGGCGGGCUGCGUUGUGAUUGGCUGCUUUACGCACAUGCUACGUGACGUCAUUCCAAGCUCCGUCAACGCGACACGCCCCCUUUUAAAGAGCUGCAGGAUGCCGUGAUCGGAGGAUUAAAAGCACAGGAAAACAUGCAAAGGCGAAGACGCAUUAAUCCCACGGACGAUGCAAAAUUUUAUGCGAGUGCUGGAAGGGACAAAGUGGGACUUGACAUCAGAUACAUCAGUGCCUUUAAAGGUCGUGGUAUCUUCACCUCCACUCCAUUUGAAAAAGGAGAUUUUCUGUUGGAAUAUAGAGGGGAACUAAUAAGUAGGCAAGAAUGUGAGAGCAGACAGAGACUUUACCAUGACAGCCUGAAGGUGUUCAUGUUUGAGUUCCGUUUUAAUGGAAAACUGUGGUGUGUUGACGCAGCAAAAGAGGAUGGGUCACUUGGAAGGCUUGUAAAUGAUGACCAUUUAAAUCCCAAUGCCAAGAUGAAGUACUUGACAGUGGAAGGGAAGCCCCAUCUGUGUUUGUUUGCAACACAUGACAUAAGUCCAGGAGAGGAGAUCACCUAUAAUUAUGGUGAAUCAGACUGGCCAUGGAGAUGCAAGACACUUAAAGAAACAUCUAUGGAGGGGCAUCAGGAUGAGGUGUCCAUAUCGGAGCCCACUACAGGUACUCAAAAGGCAUCAACUAGUCGGAGGCGAAAAAAGGCAUCUAUGGCUGCAUCAACUGGUCAACUGGUUAAAAGCUUUGAUCAGAAUCCUGAUGAGGAAAUACCUCAGGAAAAUUCUGAGACUACAAUUUUGACACCCCUAACUGAAGAUUUUGAAGAGCCAUUGGCUGAGAGCAGUCGGAUCCAGAUAGUUGAAGACCAGAUUCAGACAAGUCCAGGUCCUGGUCCACUCAGCGGGCAUGGAAAGAAUCCUAAUGAGGAAAUACCUCAGGAAAAUUCUGAGACUACAAUUUUGGCAUCCUCAUCUGAAGAUUUUGAAGAGCUAAUGGCUGAGAGCAGUCGGAUCCAGAUAGGUGAAGACCAGAUUCAGACAAGUCCAGGUCCUGGUCCACUCAGCGGGCAUGGAAAGAAUCCUAAUGAGGAAAUACCUCAGGAAAAUUCUGAGACUACAAUUUUGGCAUCCUCAUCUGAAGAUUUUGAAGAGCUAAUGGCUGAGAGCAGUCGGAUCCAGAUAGUUGAAGACCAGAUUCAGACAAGUCCAGGUCCUGGUCCACUCAGCGGGCAUGGAAAGAAUCCUGAUGAGGAAAUACCUCAGGAAAAUUCUGAGACUACAAUUUUGAUACCCCUAACUGAAGAUUUUGAAGAGCUAAUGGCUGAGAGCAGUCGGAUCCAGAUAGGUGAAGACCAGAUUCAGACAAGUCCAGGUCCUGGUCCACUCAGCGGGCAUGGAAAGAAUCCUAAUGAGGAAAUACCUCAGGAAAAUUCUGAGACUACAAUUUUGGCAUCCUCAUCUGAAGAUUUUGAAGAGCUAAUGGCUGAGAGCAGUCGGAUCCAGAUAGGUGAAGACCAGAUUCAGACAAGUCCAGGUCCUGGUCCACUCAGCGGGCAUGGAAAGAAUCCUGAUGAGGAAAUACCUCAGGAAAAUUCUGAGACUACAAUUUUGACACCCCUAACUGAAGAUUUUGAAGAGCUAAUGGCUGAGAGCAGUCGGAUCCAGAUAGGUGAAGACCAGAUUCAGACAAGUCCAGGUCCUGGUCCACUCAGCGGGCAUGGAAAGUGUCAAAAUCACCGCCUUGUGUGCGCAACAGUAUCCUCCUUGGACAAAUGCCUUCAGUGUGUGGGACCUGUAGCCUCCUUAAAGUGGCUUGGCUAUAAGUGCAAAGUUUGUUCAGGUGUCUGGCAUAAAACCUGUUUCAGACGAAUUAUAAAUGAAAACCUCCCCCACCAAUCACAGGAGCAACAGCUUUCAAAAUGUUCAGAGGAUGAACUGCUGUCAGAUGAGGAUAGCAUACCACAUUCCAAUGUGGAUCCAAUAUCUGAUGAUGAUCAGGAUCAUUCUGAUGUGGAUUACGUACCAGACUCAGAGUUUCAAGAUGAUGAUGAAGAUUCAGACACAAGUAUACCUUUCAUGCCUAUUCGGUCUAACGGUGGACAGAUUCAGGUAAAACCAGUAAUACCUGAUGCUGGGACAUCUUAUGGGUCAGACACAGGCAUCCCAGUUGUGCCCAGUACAUCAAAAGGUCAAAUGCCCCUUAAAGAAACAUCAGGCUCUGCAAAUUCUAUGAAAACCUUGCCGAAGAAGAAGAAAAAGCUAGAUGAUCAAGCAGAGCCUCACAACCAAGAAUCAACACAUUUGACUAUGAGUACUAAAAAUUACUGUUACAUUUGUGGUCAACCACAAAGCAAAAUUUCUCGCCACUUGAAGACACACACUACACAUGCAGAAGUUGUACAUGUUUUUUCCCUGCCUUACCACUCAAAGGAGCGUAAAAUAUUGUUAGAAAAAAUGAGGAAUAAGGGAAACUUUAGACAUAAUACUGCUGUUUUACAAGGUGGAACAGGCCCGCUGAAAGUAAAGAGAAAACCAAAGGCUAAAGCAGUGGCAGGAAAGUUUGUUCACUGUAUGUACUGUCAAGGGAUGUACCUCCGGAAAGAGCUUUGGAGACAUGCCCGCAGAUGCCCCUGCAAGCCAGAAGAUGGAGAUUUGGAAAAAGAACCUGGGAGGACCAAAGUACUGGGUUUGGCUGUCGCUCAAGAGUCUGCAUCUUGUCACCAGAUCUCAGCUGGAGUUUGGAAGCUCCUUAGUGCCAUGAAACAGGAUGAGGUUGCCUCAGCUGUGAGAAAUGACCUCUCUAUUAUUCAGUUUGCCCAGUCACUCUACAACAGACAUGGACAAGACCCUACAAAGUAUGAAUACAUGCGACAGAAGCUUCGUGAAGUGGGGCGUUUGUUGUUAUGUCUGCGCACAGACUUCUCAGUACAUAACCUGGAGGAGGCUGUUAAACCUGCUAACUUCCAGAGGGUUGUGCAAGCUGUAAAGAAAGUUUCUGGUUUUGAUGAAGAAAAACACUCAUAUGGAACACCAAGCCUUGCAUUGAAAUUGGGGCACACAUUGCACAAAGUUUGUGACAUUAUCCACUGUAGGGCCCUCAUGGCAGAACAUGAAGAACUGAUCAAGUCCACUGACACAUUCAAGAAGUUGUACUCCUCCAAGUGGUCUGAGAUGGUGUCUCACAGUGCCUUGAACACACUGAGUGAUGCAAAGUACAACAAGCCAUCAACUUUACCCUUCACUGAGGAUGUUCGCAUUCUUCACCAGUACCUUGAGAAAUCUGCAGAAAGUGCCUUUUGCAACUUAAAGGAGAAGGCCACGACUCAGAACUAUGCACAACUUGCAAAAGUUACACUUGCACAAAUCAUUGUGUUCAAUCGAAGACGAGCUGGGGAGGUUUCAAAAAUGCGCCUCAAAAGUUUCCAUGAAAGAGACAACACAAAGCUCCAUGAAGAUGUUGCCAUGGGUUUGUCAAAGACUGAACAGAAGCUUUACAACUAUUUCAGCCGAAUCGAAAUCAUGGGGAAAAGGGGCAGAAAGGUUGCAGUUCUGCUAACACCAAGGAUGGUGGAUGCUCUCUCACUACUGACCAGUCAAAGGACUGAGUGUGGUGUUUGUGCCACAAAUAUCUUCCUGUUUGCAAGACCUAAAUCAAUGACCCAUUACAGAGGGCAGGACUGUUUGCGUGUUCAUGCAAGCCAGUGUGGAGCAAAGCACCCUGAGCAUCUCAGGUCGACACAACUAAGGAAACAUGUUGCAACACUCUCUCAGGUCCUUAAUUUGAAAAACAAUGAACUUGAUCAGGUCGCAGAUUUCCUGGGACACGACAUCCGUGUUCACCGCGACUUCUACAGAUUACCAGUUCCCACAACACAGCUGGCCAAGAUUUCUAAACUGCUUUUAUCAAUGGAGAAAGGACAUCUUUCCAGCAUGCAGGGAAAAUCCCUGGAUGAGAUUGAAAUAGAAGGUGAAAUCGCAUUAAGUGACACUGAGGCCAAAGACAGUGACAGUGAAUCUGAUGGCAGUGGCACAGAAUUCACAGAGUGUGACACUAGUGAGGCUGUGGAUGCUGCAACCGACUCUACAGCUACGGAGCAGGUCCAUGAUGCUGCAGAUUUAGAAGCAGUGUCAUCAGUGACGUCCACAGUGAAUGAGACUGCCCCUCUCUCUGAAAGACAAGAUGCUGGUCAAGACCAUGAGUCCAGAAGAGUGCCAAAGAAAGUGUGGUCUAAGCCUGAGGUUGCUGCAGUUAUGCGGCAUUUCAGAGGUCACAUUUGUAAAGGAAAACUGGCCACCAAAAAUGAAUGUAGUCAUUGCAAGCUGGUAGAAGGCCCUGCAUUAGCACAAAGAACAGUGCAAAAUAUAAGGGACUUUGUCAGAAACAGAGGAAUAGCUGCAAAGAGACAGUCACAGAAAGAGAAGCUAUAAAUCCACAGGGUUCACAGUUGUUCAGUAUGUUAUGGUUAUGUUGAUACCCUGAUAUAUUCAAUAAUGCCACCUGUUAAACAUGGGUCGUUAUAAAUAAGAGAAUAUUUUAGCAUAAAGCUUUUUUUUUUUUGGAGUUGUGGCUCUUGUGUGGCAGGCUGCUAGUUGCCUGUGGGUUUGGUUUUUGUUGACAAAGUGACUAACUAUGUGUGAGGUAUGUUUUUGUUAAGUGCUCUGACACUUUUUUAUUUUCACACAGUGAUGUUUAUUUCACUAUUUGAUAUGUUGAUACGAUAUACAUAUAUAUAUGGGCAGUAUUCUUACUUAAGAGCAGUUUAUUGAUAAUAAAAUGACUGUCCUGUUAA